AUGAGUAUCUGCAAUAACAGAAGUGUUUUCGAGUUCAAUGACCCGUGCAUUCGUGCAUCGUGGUCUGCAUUACUCCCUUUCGGACUUGUCGGCCUGUUGUGUCUAUCCAAACUUCCCAAACCACGACCAGUACAACGACUUUGUCGUUUUUUGCAAUCACCUUUGCACAACUUCCUCACUCUUCGUGAAGCUGAAGCUCUUGACAACAAAUCUGCAAUAGGACGCGCCUUUGAGAAUGACAAUAUCGAAGAGCUACCAAAAUCCCACGUUCGUCGACACCAUGUCGCGUUCGCCUUCAUCGGUGCCGCAGAAGGACUCUGCUGGAUAGUCAGUGGGUCUUUCCAACUUUACGAUUCGCACAACAACGUAGACGGCAUCCUUUGCUACGCUCUCGCGUUUUCAUGGAUCUAUACCGCCAUUCGCCCUUUGGUACCAUCAACAUCCAAGUCUGCCCCCUACGACGUCGUUGUCAUCUACCUGCUUUUCUUCGUUGGUGCUAUUGUAGAUAUCGGAGGGAUUAUCUACGAUUACGCUGUCUUGCUUUCCCCUCUACCUUCGCAACUCUCCUUACUGUUGCGAAGUGUCAACCUUCUUGCGAUCGUGUCUUCGUUGAUCAUCAUCUUCAAUAUACCAUCGGAAUUACCCAGCGCGAAGGUCGAUCCACAAGAAAUUGCAAACGAGUUUAUUUCGUCGCAUAUGGGCCGCGAAUUCGCUGGAUAUCAUACUCAAUCCGACCUUCAACAUCUCUGGUUCGCUCGUCGAGCAUCAACCAGGAUACGUUCGGAACUCAUGACAUCCAUAUAUGCGAAAGCAUUGAAAAGAAAGGAUUUCUCCGCUAUCGUCGACCAAUCAAAGGUGACAGAUUCCAUGUCGCAAGCUCCUCCGACCUCCGGGCGUAAAGGAAAAGCGGGUAGCAAAGGAAAGUCCGACACUUCUGAUGAUCCCAAGCCAGGCGCCAGUACGGGUAAAAUUGUUAAUCUUAUGUCCAGUGACUCUAACAGAAUAUCAAGAAUGGUCACAAUCAUAUUCAACCUUUACGGAGCUCCUUUCGAGAUCAUCAUUGCAUGCACAUUUCUCUACCAACUUCUCGGCAUUAGUGCAUUCGCCGGUUUCUUGGUCCUGGUAGUAGGCUGGCCCCUGAACAAUUUCCUCGCCCGUCGAAAUGUCCGAAUCAAUAAAGGUAUCAUGAGUGCCCAAGAUAAACGUAUGGGUGUGCUAAACGAGUUGAUCAGGGCCAUCAAAUUCAUUAAACUUUUUGCGUGGGAGGAACGAUGGAUUGCGAGAGCAAUGGAAGCAAGAGAAUUGGAACUGAAGUGGAUCAGAAAAGCCCGGAUCAACCAGAUACUGUUCCAUUUACUUACCAACAGUGCCCCGAUACUGGUGUCUAUCAUAUCGUUUUUUGCCUAUGUGAUGAGCGGUAACGAGUUGACUAUAAGCACAGCGUUCACGGCGAUUGCUUUGUUCAGCAUGGUCAGAGCCCCUCUCAAAGUGCUUCCCACUUACUUGGUCCAGAUUCUUCAGGCCCAGGUUGCACUGGAACGGAUUUCUGUCUACCUCGAUGAAGAAGAAGUCACCGAACAGGUGUCAACGCUGAAGAGAAAUUCUCAACCAUCUAAUGCAAUCGUCGAUGAAGGCUUGGGACUCAGCAACGCUACCCUGCGGUGGAACGAAGUGACUGUCGUUGAAAAGAAGGAUAAAGCUAGGACUUCUUCAAUAAGUCACCCUCCUGCUACUACAAGUGUUCCAGAGAUCGCGGUUGUGGCAAACGAGGGAAGUUCAUCUGACAGCACUACGUUGGAAAGUAACGAAGUACAUAAGUUUGAGCUGAGCGACAUAUCUGUCAAGUUCCCGGAAGGCAAAUUGACCGUCGUGACUGGACCAACUGCCUCGGGGAAAACUGCUCUUCUUGCAAGUAUGGCGAUAUUAGGCGAAAUGACCUUGGUUUCGGGAAGAAUCCUGUUGUCUAAAGAUCCAAAUCGUGUCGACGAGAAUGGCCUCAUGUAUUGCAUCUCAUACGCUGCUCAACUGCCGUGGUUGCUCCAUAGAUCUAUCAAAGAGAACAUUAUUUUCGGGUAUCCAUUCGACGAGGAGAGAUAUAAUGCGGUUGUCGAGUGCUGUGCUCUCCUUCCCGACCUCCAAAUGCUAGAAGAUGGGGAUGCCACCGAAAUUGGUGCCCGUGGCGUCAACCUAUCAGGAGGGCAAAAAGCAAGAGUCGCUCUCGCGCGAGCAGUCUAUGCCCGGACAAAAUUCGUACUUCUAGAUGACCCCCUGAGCGCAGUAGAUAGCCACACGGCCAGAUUUCUCUUCGAUCGACUACUCUGUGGUCCUCUGUUGGCAAACAGGACAGUCGUUCUCGUGACACAUCAUGUAAACCUGGUACUUCCAGCCGCUCAUUAUCUUGUACGUAUGCUGGACGGUCGUAUUGACACUCAAGGUGGGGUUCACGAGUUGAGGGAGCAAGGUGUACUCAGCGAUAUUGUUGUUGAAUCUUCAAUCCGAGUGCAUGAGGAGGUCAAAGUUGAGGUCGAGCAACCUGAAGCUAAGGCCGCUCUCGAAGACCAACUGGAGCCCAAGAUAGAGGUCAAGAAACCUCGAAAAUUGGUAUCGGAUGAAUUUAGGGAGACAGGUGGUGUAAAGUGGUCCAUCUACAACACCUACCUGAAGGCGUCUUCGUAUCGAAUCUGGUUUAUCUUGGCUGUCAUAGUAUUUGUUAACCAAUUUUUGGGCAUCGCUGAGAAAUUAUGGAUCAGGACAUGGGGAGAAGCAUAUAGAAAUGAGACCAGUAGUACACCGUAUGGUGUACAAUAUCCGACUAUUUUAACUAUCAAUUUGAAUGCGGCCAACGACCAGACCAACUUCGGAAUCCAGCAAUUUGGACAGGCGGUAGGUCUUGACUCAAGAACCCCCGGUCCUUUUGGUAUCGUUUGGCCUAGUGCCAUGGAACAUCCACUUUUGUACAUUGGAAUAUACGCUGCCAUCGGGAUGAUAACUACUUUGGUCAGUGUACUGUCCGUCACAGCACAAUACACAGGCGCGCUGCGCGCCUCUCGCAUUUUGUUCAAGAGGCUCCUCGUGGCCAUUGUUCACGCAACUUUCAGAUUUCACGAUAUCACACCCCAGGGUCGCAUUCUGAAUCGUUUUGGAAAGGAUAUGGACACCAUCGAUUCUUCCCUCGCUGGGACCCUCCAGGCCGUCAAUUCAGCAUUGGCGGGAUUUCUUGUAGCCAUUCUUACUGUUGCGUACGUCCACAACUAA